UUUAGAAGAGCAGAUUGAAAAGCAGAACAUUUUCCAAUCUUGCAAAAUUAUGCAAAAAAGUACUUGGACUGGUGGGCAUACAUCAACUGUUAUUUCACUAGACGUGAACAAAGAAGGUGUUGUAGCUUCAGGUGGCGAAGGAGAACUUAAUGUCUGGUCAAAAGAUGGGUCAUCUCAUAACAAACUUUUAUGUCCUUCGCCAUCGACCCAGCUGGAUGAUUCGAAAGACAUCAAUGGUGUCUGCUUUUGCGUGAAAAAUCCAGAACGUUUAUACGCAUCAUGUAGGAACAAAGUGUUUGGUUAUGAUCUCAGAAAUCCGUCAUCAACUGUUUGUGAAUUUGAAUUUAACCAAGAUGAAAUUAACCAGGUAGCUAUUCACUACAAGGGCGGUUUUCUUGCCGCGUGCGAUGACAGCGGUGACAUUAAAGUGAUUGACGUGCUAUCAGGAAGGUUGUUCAAAACCCUGCGUGGUAGAAAUGAUAACAUAUGCUCAACAGUUCAGUUCAGGCCCAACAGACCGUGGGAAAUACUGUCUGGGUCUAUGGAUUACAAAAUUAUCAGUUGGGAUUUCUCAUCCGGGAGAGCACUUCAGGAACUUAAUGUCCAAGAGCUAGAUGAGGACAGCAAUCAAGGGGCCUAUUUCCUGAACCCACCUUUUGUGCACUCAGUUCAUAUGGCAGGAGAUGGGAGGAUGUUUGCAGCUGGACUAGGUAGUGGCAACAUCCAACUCUUCAGGUUUGAAGGCAAGAAAAAAUUUAUUCCUGAUGAGUGUCUAAAAAAGCAUUCUUCCAGUGUAACACAGGUCCACUUUGCUAGAUUUCGCCCAAACAACUUAUUGGUGUCAGGUGGAGAUGACAGUAGGAUUGUUACUUGGAAUUUAUGUGGUAGUACAUGCAAUGGUGCCUCAGGUGCAGAGCCCAAUCUUGAGGCAAAUGCAAGUGCUGUUGGUAUUGCCCAUGAAAUUAACCAUGGAUCCAAGAUAAACUGGAUAGCAUCUGGUUCACAGAGAGAGAGUAUAUUUGUGGCUGAUGUAACGAGUGACAUCUCAGUGUACCAUGUAUCAUGACAACCAUUGUCAACAGAUAAGAGUAUGUUAGGUGGAUCAGUGCCAUGUUGGACAGUAAACAAGAAGACUACCAGUAUAUAAGGGUGACACAAUUACCAGUAACCUUGUAGUUUUCAUCAUUGUCCCUUCAUUAACAACACUCAAAUGACAAUGGUAGGAGACAAACCAGUUGGCUGUUUACAAGCGCAGUAGAGCAGUUGAACAAGGGAUUAGCCAGAAACAAAUCCAUCAAGUGGACAGAGUGGGAUGUGAACCCUGGACCUUCAUUUGCCCAUGCUGCUACCUCCAGGGAAAGUUCAAGCUGUUGGACAGCUGCCACUCAUCAUUCUCUUUGAUAAUACUCUCCCUCUUAACUCCCAAUUAAUUGACUGCCAAAAUUUCUAUGUAAACUAGACAGGAGAAUUCCAUUUUUAAACAAGGUAACACCCUUAAGCUGACAAGAUUUUCUGUUCUCAUAAGAUGUUUGCCAGUUGAUGUAUUGCAACUGCAAUAAAGUGGCAAGUUAAUCACUUCUAGGAGUUAAAAUUUAAACCCUCAGUCUCUUUCGAGUAGUUACUUGGGCUUGUCACACACCACUCUCUCCUCCUUGGGAGGAAAUCACAUACUUUUGAGAACCGUAACCGUUUUUUUAGUUCUGAGUCAUGUGACAUUGGGCGUGUCCUAAUGACGUCAUCAACAGGCUUGCACUCACUUUCUGCUACAACUGUCCAAAGUUGGUCCAUUGAUGGCGACAUAACAUCGAGUUACACCAACCUAAAUUUACUGUAUCGAAAUAUUUCACUGUAAAUUACGAGACAAAUCUGAGGAGACUCCGCAUACAGCCAUAUCGUUUGACUGUUUUUAGUUUGAUCAGUAAGAGCUCUUUCCGAUUGAUGUCGAAGCACCAAAACCAAAAUAAUCACAACGGCCAAUCAGAAGAAAGGAAAAUAUAUCUUAAGAGCCAAUGAGAACUUUUAAGAAGUGAAGCCAACCAAACCGCCUGAAGCGCGGGAAAACGAGUAGUGAUUGGUUUAGUCUUGCAUCUGAUUGGUUGAAAGAGUUGCGCGAUUUUAUCUGGACCAAUCACAAAUAGAAGUAAAGCAAAAACAACGAAACUCCAGAUUACUUCCAACUCUCAAAUGAAAACUGC